AUGGUUAUUAUCAGGCUCAGCAGCAAAUACUGUUAUCCGCCCAUUAUCAUUCUUCUCCACCUAAUAAUCACUUGCGCCGUCGCCGCCGCCGUCGCCGCCGCCUUCAACGGCGUAUCAACUGUUUCAUAUUCCAAAGGGUUCAGCCCUCUGUUCGGCGGUCCGAACAUCAAACCAUCGCCCGACCAUCAAUCCGUUCAGCUUCAUCUCAAUCAGUACACAGGCAUAUUUUACAUUGACGAUACCCCAAUCCGUGAGAUAACGAGGAACGAAACCAUAGGGGCCGAUUUCCCAUCAAAGCCCAUGAGAUUAUACGCCACGAUUUGGGACGCCUCGGAUUGGGCAACCUCGGGCGGGAAAUACAGAGCAAAUUACAAGUACGCCCCUUUCGUGGCGGAAUUCACAGACCUCGUCCUCCACGGUUGCGCGACUGACAUGCUGGAGGAGGUCGUGGUCACCGGUUGUGCACUGAGUCACAAUCAGCUUGCAAGUGCCGAUUUCGCUACCAUUACCCGUAAACAAGAGGCGGCCAUGAAGAGAUUUAGGUCAAAGUACAUGUACUACUCGUAUUGCUAUGACACGGUGAGGUACCCGGUGCCUCUGCCAGAAUGUGUUAUCGAUCCGGUGUUGAGAGAGAAGUUUAAGGACACGGGUCGGUUGAAAUUCGACGAGAAGCACCAUCGACGGAGGUUUAAGAAGAGAAGGCAAGAUAUGGGUGGUGAGAAGUAUGGAAAUCAAGAGGAUGUGUGA